AUGGAAAAGAUGGCUGAUAUUAACCUCAAAGAAGUAACCUUAAUAGUUGGUGUGGUUGCUGUUUGCUAUUGGAACAGCCUGUUUUGUGGUUUUGUUUUUGAUGAUGUUUCAGCAAUACUGGAUAAUAAAGACCUGCAUCCAUCUACACCUUUAAAAACUUUAUUUCAGAAUGAUUUCUGGGGGACCCCUAUGUCUGAAGAGAGAAGCCACAAGUCUUACCGUCCUUUAACAGUAUUGACAUUUCGCUUAAAUUAUCUGUUCAGUGAACUAACACCAAUGUCAUAUCAUCUCCUAAAUAUGAUUUUUCAUGCUGUGGUUAGUGUGAUAUUUCUUAAAGUCUGCAGACUUUUUCUGAAUAACCAGAGUAGUAUGAUUGCCUCUUUACUUUUUGCAGUGCACCCAAUACACACAGAAGCAGUAACAGGUGUUGUAGGAAGAGCAGAACUUCUGUCAUCUAUCUUUUUUCUAGCUGCAUUUUUGUCAUAUACUAAAUCAAAAGGACCAGAUAAUUCCAUAGUGUGGACUCCAAUUGCAUUGACAGUUUUUUUAGUGGCUGUUGCAACACUGUGUAAAGAACAAGGAAUAACAGUUGUGGGAAUUUGCUGUGUAUAUGAAGUAUUUAUUGCCCAAGGGUAUACUUUGCCAUUGUUAUGUACUACUGCUGGACAGCUUCUUCGUGGAAAGGGUAGUAUUCCAUUUUCUAUGCUGCAGACACUAAUAAAACUCAUUGUCUUGAUGUUCAGUACACUGUUACUUGUUGUGAUUAGAGUCCAGGUUAUUCAGUCGCAGCUUCCAGUGUUCACCAGGUUUGAUAACCCAGCUGCUGUAAGCCCAACUCCUACAAGGCAGCUAACUUUUAACUACCUGCUUCCUGUGAAUGCUUGGCUUCUAUUAAAUCCUUCAGAGCUCUGCUGUGAUUGGACCAUGGGAACAAUACCACUGAUAGAAUCAUUUCUAGAUGUUCGAAAUCUUGCCACAUUUAUUUUUUUUUGCUUUUUGGGAGCUUUGGGAGUAUUUAGUCUCAGAUAUCCUAGUAAUUCCUCCAAGACUGUUUUAAUGGCACUUUGUUUAAUGGCAUUACCAUUUAUUCCUGCAUCAAAUCUUUUUUUCCCAGUUGGAUUUGUUGUUGCUGAGCGAGUACUAUAUGUUCCUAGCAUGGGGUUCUGUAUUUUGGUAGCCCAUGGAUGGCAGAAAAUAUCAAACAAAAGUGUGUUUAAAAAGUUAUCCUGGGUUUGUCUAUCUUUGGUGAUACUCACUCAUGCCUUAAAAACACUCCACAGGAAUUGGGAUUGGGAGUCUGAAUAUACGCUGUUUAUGUCAGCCUUGAAGGUAAAUAAAAAUAAUGCCAAAUUAUGGAAUAAUGUGGGUCAUGCUCUGGAAAAUGAAAAAAACUUUGAGAGAGCUUUGAAAUACUUCUUACAGGCUACGCAUGUUCAGCCAGAUGAUAUUGGUGCCCACAUGAAUGUAGGAAGAACUUACAAAAAUUUAAAUAGAACCAAAGAAGCUGAAGAAUCUUAUAUGACAGCUAAGUCGCUGAUGCCUCAAAUUAUUCCUGGUAAAAAAUACGCAGCCAGAAUUGCACCUAACCAUUUAAAUGUUUAUAUUAAUCUGGCCAACCUGAUCCGAGCAAAUGAGUCCCGACUGGAAGAAGCAGAUCAGCUGUACCGACAAGCAAUAAGCAUGAGGCCAGACUUCAAGCAGGCUUACAUUAGCAGAGGAGAAUUGCUUCUAAAAAUGAAUAAACCUAUCAAAGCAAAAGAAGCAUAUCUUAAAGCCCUAGAGCUGGACAGAAAUAAUGCAGAUCUUUGGUACAACUUGGCGAUUGUUCAUAUUGAACUUAAGGAACCAAAUGAGGCACUGAAAAACUUUAAUCAUGCUUUAGAACUAAAUCCAAAGCAUAAACUAGCAUUAUUCAAUUCUGCUAUCUUAAUGCAAGAAUCAGGAGAAGUUAGACUCAGACCUGAAGCUAGAAAACGACUUUUAAGCUAUAUAAAUGAAGAGCCACAAGAUGCUAAUGGUUAUUUCAAUUUGGGAAUGCUUGCCAUGGAUGACAAAAAGGACUCUGAAGCAGAGAUAUGGAUGAAGAAAGCCAUAAAAUUACAAGCUGACUUCAGAAGUGCUUUGUUUAAUCUGGCUCUCCUGUAUUCUCAGACUGCAAAGGAAUUAAUGGCUUUGCCAGUCUUGGAAGAAUUACUCAAAUACUAUCCUGAUCAUAUCAAGGGUCUCAUUUUAAAGGGAGACAUCCUGAUGAAUCAAAAGAAAGAUAUACAUGGAGCAAAAAAAUGUUUUGAAAAGAUUUUGGAGAUGGAUCCAAGCAAUGUGCAAGGAAAACACAAUCUCUGUGUUGUUUAUUUUGAAGAGAAGGACUUAUUAAAAGCUGAAAGAUGCCUGGUUGAAACAUUGGCGUUAGCACCACAUGAAGAAUAUAUUCAACGUCACUUGAAUAUAGUCAGGGAUAAAAUUUCUUCAUCUAGUUUUGUAGAACAACCUGUAUUCCCAGCUGGUAAGACUUCAGGUGUCGUUGGAGAUAAAAUUCCAACUGAAAAUGUAAAAGAAAUAAAAAGCGAGCCCAGACGUACCCAAAUAAUAAAAACAAAUGACAAUAAGAGUCAGUCUAAAGCCAGCAAACAAUUAGGAAGAAGUACAGACAAAGAAAUUCCCCACAAAACAACAAAAGAAAUCAAAGAAAUUGAAAAGAAAAGAGUUGCUGCUUUAAAAAGACUAGAAGAGAUUGAACGUAUUUUAAAUGGUGAAUAG